ACUAAUAAGCAAAUAUAAAAAUCUUUCUUGGUUUACUUAAUCUCUUUCUAUUUAAGUAUAUUCUUGUUGCUCAUCACAAAAGUUUGUGAUGGAAGCUCUCUUCUUGAGUUAUUCUUCUUCCUCCAUUGCUGCGUCAAUCAAACUUUCAAGAUUACACGACCGUCGUGACUGGUGCACUUUGUUAAGGGACAAGAAAAGGGUAGGACCCACCUGGUGCCGCGUAGGUGGUGGUGGCGGUGAUGGGAGAAACAUCAAACCAGAGAGGCCUAUUAGGGUCUCAUCGCUUUUGAAAGACAGAGGUCAAGUAUUGAUUAGGGAACAGAGUUCGCCUGCUAUGGACGCUGAGACAUUGGUUCUGUCUCCUAAUGUCAAUGGUACAGCCAUUGAGAUGAAUGGAGUGAAAACUCUGAUGCCUUUCAAUGGUGCUGCUAUGGUGGGGAUCAAACAAGGACUUGGCAUCGUUAGUUAUCUCCAAGGGAAGACGUUUCUAAUCACUGGCUCCACUGGCUUCUUAGCUAAAGUAUUGAUAGAGAAGGUCUUGCGAAUGGCUCCUGAUGUUGGGAAAAUAUAUCUCUUGAUUAAAGCCAAAAACAAAGAAGCAGCGGUUCAUCGGUUAAAGAACGAGGUGUUAGAUGCAGAGCUUUUUAAAACUCUAAGAGAGACUCAUGGGGCAUCUUACCAGUCUUUCAUGUUAGACAAGCUUGUCCCUGUGACAGGAAACAUUUGCGAUUCAAACAUUGGGCUGCAAACAGAUUCAGCAGAGGAGAUUGCAAAAGAAGUUGACGUAAUUGUCAACUCUGCUGCCAAUACAACCUUCAAUGAAAGAUAUGAUGUUGCUUUGGACAUAAACACACGAGGGCCUGGUAAUCUCAUGGGAUUCGCCAAGAAAUGCAAGAAACUCAAGCUUUUCUUGCAAGUAUCCACAGCUUAUGUGAAUGGACAAAGACAAGGAAGGAUCAUGGAGAAGCCCUUCUCGAUGGGAGAUUGUAUAGCUACAGAGAACUUCAUGGAAGGUAACAGGAGAGCAUUAGAUAUCGAUAAAGAGAUGAAGCUAGCUCUUGAUGCUGCAAGAAAAGGGACUCAAGAUCAAGAUGAGGCGCAGAAGAUGAAGGAUCUCGGUCUAGAGAGGGCAAGAUCAUAUGGAUGGCAAGACACUUAUGUUUUCACCAAAGCAAUGGGAGAGAUGAUGAUCAAUAGCACUAGAGGGGACGUACCUGUGGUUAUUAUAAGGCCUAGCGUCAUCGAAAGCACUUGCAAAGACCCUUUCCCUGGAUGGAUGGAAGGAAACAGGAUGAUGGAUCCUAUAGUGCUGUGUUAUGGAAAAGGACAGCUCACAGGGUUCUUGGUUGAUCCAAAAGGAGUUCUUGAUGUGGUUCCGGCUGAUAUGGUCGUUAAUGCGACAUUAGCUGCUAUAGCAAAGCAUGGAAUGGCUAAGGCAGAUACAGAACCUGAGAUAAACGUGUAUCAGAUCGCUUCUUCAGCGAUAAAUCCUCUGGUUUUCGAGGACUUAGCUGAGCUUCUUUACAACCACUACAAAUCUACCCCGUGCAUGGACUCGAAAGGUGUUCCUAUUAGGGUGCCUUUGAUGAAGCUUUUCGACUCCGUUGAUGAUUUCUCGGAUCAUUUGUGGAGAGAUGCUCAAGAACGGAGUGGCUUAAUGAAUGGUAUGGACUCAUCGGAUAGUAAGAUAUUACAGAAGCUUAAAUUCAUAUGCAAGAAAUCUGUUGAGCAAGCCAAACACCUUGCCACUAUUUAUGAGCCAUACACUUUCUAUGGUGGAAGAUUUGAUAACAGCAAUACACAUAGAUUAAUGGAGAAUAUGUCUGAAGAAGAGAAGGUUGAGUUUGGGUUUGAUGUUGGAAGCAUUAACUGGAAUGACUACAUUACAAAUGUUCACAUUCCCGGUUUAAGAAGACAUGUUUUGAAAGGAAGGGCUUAGGUCAAAUCUUUUCUUUGAUCGUUUUUCUAUGUCUAAUCGUGUUAUGUUAUCUAAUAUAUGAUUUUAAAUUGUAAUAAUUUGAAAGUAAUAAUUUAUCUCAAGUUUACCAAAGUCUAA